CUGCGGAGCUCAGUCUAGCAGCAAAAGUCCAGCAGUCCGGUUCCAAAGCGAUCUGAUCUCAGUUUCGAUUUGAAUCCCCGAUCUGGAAUUUCGAAUUUUGGAUUGUACUGGAGUGCAUUGAAGUGCCUACACCAUUUUUUUUUUUCACCCACUCUAGUCAGAGAGCACACUGUACAUAGUUUGAAUAUAUAUAUAUAUAUAUAUCAACGAGAUGUCGCAGCCACUCAAGUUCUACUUCGAUUUCCUGAACCAAUCGAGCCGGGCGCUCUACAUCCUCCUGGAGGCCUCCAAGAUCCCCUUCGAGGCCAUACCCAUAUCGAUGCUCAAAGGUGAGCACCUGACUGGCGAGUUCCGGGACAAUGUGAACCGGUUCCGCAAGCUGCCGGCGAUCACGGAUCACGGCUACCAGCUGUCCGAGAACGUGGCCAUCUUCCGGCAUCUGGCACGCGAGAAGUUGGUGCCGGAGCACUGGUAUCCGCGACGACAUCUCGGCCGUAGUCGCAUCGACGAGUACCUGGCCUGGCAGCAGACCAACAUGGGUGUGGCCACCACGGAGUACUUCCAGCAAAAGUGGCUAGUGCCGUAUCUGCAAAAGACGCGGCCAGCCGAUAAUGCGGUGAAUCUCGCCAGCAAGCAGCUGGAGCACACGCUCAACGAGUUCGAGCAGCUCUUCCUCAACUCCCGCAAGUUCAUGAUGGGCGACAACAUAUCGUAUGCGGAUCUCAGCGCCAUCUGCGAGAUCGAUCAGCCAAAAUCCAUUGGCUACAAUGCGUUCCAGAAUCGCAACAAGCUGGCGCGUUGGUAUGAGACGGUGCGCGAGGAGCUGGGUCCCCACUACAAGGAGGUGCUGGGCGAGUUCGAGGCCAAGCUGAAGGGCAGUGGCAGUGGGCAGCAGCAGGGCGUCGCCCAGGCGGUGAAGCAAUAGCCGGCUAAGCCCAUCCUCCAAUCUUGUUUAGUUCCCUAAGGCAAUCGACUAUUUAACCAGAUUUUUUUUUUGUGCCCUACAACUAUUGUAUUUUUGUGAUUAUACUUGCUCUUCCUAUCCAAUAAGUCUUAGCCUUCCCCCAUCACACUUGUUCUAACAAUACCAUUUGUGUCACGUAAUGCUCAUCUGUUUAAACCUACGAGAAAAACUUAUAUUAUAUAUAAACUUAGUUGUUAAUGAUGUAUUCUAAUUAUUCGUAUAUAAAGUACGCUUAUGAUUGUUAAAAUAUCGCCUCUUUUCCACGGACACAGAACAGAAAGAUGCCCAACUUUGGCUAUACAUUUA